AUGCCCAACGACGUCGCAACCCCAGAUACGACUUCGGGAGAUCGUUCCAUCGGUGAUGCCUCAAGGCUGGUUGCCGGUGCUUCAAGACUACCGAAGCUUGACUUAGUUCACUUCAACGGAGCAGUGCUACAGUGGCAGCCGUUCUGGGAUGUAUUCAAGCAUGCCGUUCAUACAAACGCUGGUCUGACGAACGUCGACAGAUUCCACUACCUGAAAUCCCUUCUGGUUGGACCAGCGGCCAAAGCGAUCGAGGGAAUUCAAGUGACUGAUUCUUCAUAUGCCGAUGCCAUCGAAAUUCUAACCAACCGCUUCGGAAACACCAGGAUCAUCGAGCAGAAGUACUUGGAAAACCUAAGAACACUCAAGCCUGUACAAUGCUCCACUGACGUGACCGCCAUGAGGAAUCUCCUAGAUACUGUGACUAUACACGUGAGAGGUCUCAAGGCUCUUUGA